AUGCUUUUAAAUAAAAAUAAAUUAAUAUUUUUCUUUUUAUUUUUAAUUAAAAUAAUUUUUCUAUUUUCCAUUGAAUGUUCCUCAAUAAAUAAUUUUUUUGCAAAAUCAACACACACAAAUAAUUGGGCUGUAUUAGUUUGUUCUUCUCGUUUUUGGUUUAAUUAUCGUCAUGUGUCAAAUGUUCUUUCUUUAUAUAAAUCCUUAAAAAGAUUGGGAAUGCCUGACAGUAAUAUUAUUUUGAUGUUGGCUGAUAAUAUUCCCUGUAACGCCAGAAAUCCAUCUCCUGCUGCUAUUUAUAAUAACGCCCAUUCUCAUCAAAAUUUAUUUUUGGAAGAUACAGAAGUUGAUUAUCGUGGUUAUGAAGUAACUGCCGAAAAUUUAGUUAGAUUACUUACAAGUAGACAAAUUAAUUCUACUCCAAGAAAUAAGCGUUUACUGAGUAAUUCACAAAGUAAUGUUCUUAUUUAUUUGACGGGACAUGGAGGGGAAGGUUUUCUUAAAUUUCAAGAUGCUGAAGAAUUAACUAGUCAAGACUUGGCUGAUGCGAUUGAAACUAUGUGGCAACAGAAAAAAUAUAAUGAACUUAUGUUAAUUGCCGACACUUGUCAAAGUGAAUCAAUGUAUCAACUUAUUUACUCCCCCAAUGUAUUAGCUACAUCUUCUAGUUUGGUUGGAGAAGAUUCAUUGUCACAUCAUAAUGACCGUUCCAUAGGUGUUUAUAUAAUUGAUAGAUACGCUUAUUAUAUGCAACAAUUUUUGGAUGAAAAAGUACUUGCUUUAGAAUCAAAUUCUUCUUUAGAAAAUUUUGUCAAAUAUUGUGAUAAAUCAAAAUGUAUUUCGACUGUUGGAGUAAGAAGGGAUCUUUACGAUAAAUGUUUAAAAGAAGUUCGUGUAACAGACUUUUUUGGUGCUCGCCGUUAUGCUCAUCCGUUCAAUUCUAAUGAUCUUAAUUUUGAUUGGUCAACGCUUUAA